UGAAAUAUUGAUCUAGCAAAUAUUAAGGUUAUUUUAAUCGAUAGUUUCAAAUAUUUUCUUUUGCUUUCUUUGCUUUUUUUUUGAGUAGAUAACGAAACUUUAAUUCUUUAUACAAUUUCCGCUGUCAAAUUAUGACUAUCAGAAAACCCGAUAAACUUAAUUACCCUGAUGAUUUAAAUCAUCACGAUACAUCUGCAACUGAGGUACUCAUCAUCCCCGAAAGGGACGGGCUUCGACCAUGGCAUUACAACUUAUUUACCUGCUGUUGGGAAGCUAACUCGUGUUUGGAGGCGAACUUUUGCUUUUAUUGUCAACUCUCAAGGCAACACAAUAUGCUUUACAACUUGACACCUCAGAUUGAUAUCCCUAUGUGUGUUUUAACUGCCUUUCUAGAUUACGCGACAAUCUCAUGCUUCUCGUUUUUUUUUCAAUUUUCACUCAGAAGAAAUAUCCGUCAACGCUAUGGUAUCAAGGGUAAUGUUCUCAAAGAUUGCUUGUCUACCUAUUUAUGUGGACCUUGUGCCUUACAGCAACAGUUGUUAGAGAUGACUUCGCAGGGAUCCUUCCCUGGUGCAACGUUUUAUAAUUACACUAAUAUACCUUCGCAAGUGCACAUGCUUUAG